UUCUCAACCUUGAGAUUCUUGUUUCGUUUAUUUACGUUUUACAUUUCCUUAUCCCAGUUUCUCCGAGAAUUUUCUAAUUUCUGAGCCUCAUCCGAGCUGGCUCAGAUUAAGUGUUUAUCGUGCUUCAAACCGUUUUAAAUUUGCUUCUGCCUCAAUUUCCUUUUCUCGAUCACUGUUAGUUUUCCUCAGUUCUCCAUGAUGAAGAACUCAGAGCAUCACCAGAAUGAGGCAGGUGGGCAUGAUGAAGAUGAAGAAGAAAACCAUGGAUGCUCUGCCGGCUACAAGAAAAAUAAUGUCCUGCCUCUUUGGGGCAAUGAACGAACAAUGAAUUUAAAUCCAUUGAUCUUGACUAAUAUUCAGUCAUCUCAUUAUUUCAAAGUUAAUUUGUAUGAGCUCAAAACCUACCAUGAAGUCAUUGAUGAAAUUUAUUAUAAAGUUGCGCAUUUAGAACCCUGGGAAAAGGGGAGUCGCAAAACUGCAGGCCAAACAGGGAUGUGCGGAGGAGUCCGUGGUGUAGGAGCAGGAGGUAUUGUUUCAACAGCUUACUGUCUCUUGUACAAACUUUUCACUUUGAAACUUACAAGGAAGCAAGUGAAUGGAUUAAUAACACACCCCGAUUCUCCCUACAUUCGAGCUUUAGGCUUUAUGUACAUCAGAUACACACAGCCUCCUGCUGAUCUUUGGGAUUGGUAUGACGAGUAUUUAGAAGACCCAGAGGAAAUGGAUGUGAAAGCCGGAGGUGGACUCACAAUGAAUAUAGGAAACAUUCUUCGCAGCUUUUUGUGUAAAUUAGAAUGGUUUUCCACUCUAUUCCCUCGGAUUCCUGUUCCAAUUCAGCAAAAGAUAGAGAGAAAAAUGAAUGAGAGAUUUCCAAAUGGAAAACCUGGGAUAACAGCUGUGCCUCGACCCAUACCUGAAGAACCAGUCAAUGCCAGGCACAUUCCAGACAAAGAGGCUCACUACGGGGAAGCAGAACGGUAUUCUAGAGGCAGAGGAGAUUCUGCAAGUAAGGAAAAGUAUGGGGAGUCAAGUCACCGUGAGCGCAGUUAUCACAGUCGUGAACGAGAUAGUCGGAGAUCGAGCCGUGACAGAGAACACAAACGGUCAUCGCACAAAGAACGACGGGAUUGGAGCCCCGGGCAUGACGAUAGACGAAAAUACAAAGAAGAUGAUCUCGAUAGACGAAGAAAAUACGAUGGAGAAAAGAGGAGGCAUAGCAGAGAUCGAGAUGUAGAUAGGAAGCGAAUCUAUAGAGAAGAAAAUUAUGACAGGCACAGGCGUAGUAGAGAAAAAGAUAGCUACAGAAGAGAUCGAAGUGAUUAUAGACGUGAUGAUAGAGAUAGAUAUGUUAAAAGUGGUCACGAUGAUAGGUUCUACCGAUGAGCUCCUGGCAGGGUUUGACUUGGGCGCCUCCUGACCCUGAAGGUGAGCUUGACAUUGCAGAUUAAUUAAUACGGUGAACUCCUGUCAUCGAUUCAACGUUCAGCAUUUGUAAAUACUUUAAUUUUUCUAUGUUUUUCUUUUUUUUCUAAGUUCUCAGGUGUUUAAAUGUAAAUUUUGUAAGCACUAAACUAUUAAUGCAGUAUUUUGCUCCAAAAAAUAAAAAGCACAAAAAAGUUGUCGUCACCUAUACAUUUUAGCGGAGUGCAUACGUGCACCAACUCAACAGUCAGCAUUGGGUUGUUGGUGACCAGCCAUUCCUGGCAUGUAUGUUAGUCAAAUUAAUGCGUGACAACUUGAAAAUUCUUGCAUUUAUUGAUCAGUACAGGCAUGUAGUAUUAUCUAUAAUAUGAAUUCAAUCAAGGUUUUGAAUUGAUCGAAGAUUUGCAUAAUUGAAGCACUGGAUGAAGGAAGGGCACUUGGUUGCACCGUUUAAGAAUCUCCUAUGCUAAUUCGUGAUUUAAAAAAGCAACUAAUUGGUGAUUAUCAUGGAAUUUUUCAUCCAAAACAACAUAAUAUUAUGAAGUAUAUUUAGUGAAAGAUUCAAGGAAUUAUGUGCAUUUGCUUUCCUUAUGAUAGAGGAAAUGUCAGCAGAGAUUCUGAAACAUUGCAACUAAGAAGUCUCAUCUUGCACUCAGCGCCUCAAUUAUCAGCUUAACCUUCAUGAAAUUUUACAGAAAAAAGUCUUUGUUGAACAGUACUACAGUGAUACUCAUUUUAAUCUCAAGUCCCUACUCAAACUUCAAUUUUAAAUAUUGUCUGACCGCUAUCAGGUGAAUUUUCGGCUUGACCACAGGUGUGAUUGUUUUUUGAAAAGCUGAUCAAAAACGGUGUUGCAAUCAUGUUCAUCACAGUUCGGAGACUUGUGCGAAAGUUUCAUCAUCUAUGAUUUUCAGUAGCACAUUACCCAAAAUAGAUUAUUUCUCCAUCUGUUCUCGUAUAUUAUUCAGCAUACGAUUCAUUGCAUUACAGUUAGAACUAUUCUUUAAAGAUCCUACAUUUUGUUUUGUUGUCUGGUAAAUUUGCAUUAUUUAAAAUUGAAGAUGUGCAGUAUAUUCUGGUUGUAUUUAAUUUAGUGAAGUGAGAUAUUUCUGUAUCUCAAAAUAUUUCCUAGGAUCUAUGAAUAAUUUUGAAACUUUGAUUUCAAUCGAAAAAUGAAUUUGCCAACUCUAUUUCAUUUGUUUUUUUUUCUGCCAUUAAAAGAUUCGCCUGAAUUUCAA